AUGGAGACAGGGGGGGACCUGCCGGCAUGGCUGGCCCUGCUUGGGGCGCUGGUGCUGUCGGGUGGGCUCUGUGUGAACCAGGAGGAGAGGCUCAUCCACCACCUCUUUGAGGAGAAGGGCUACGACAAGGAGGUGCGCCCCGUCAUCUCCAUCGACCAGGUCGUGGAUGUCUACCUGGCCCUCACUCUCUCCAACCUCAUCUCUCUGAAAGAGGUGGACGAGACCCUCACCACUAACGUAUGGCUCGAGCAUGGCUGGACCGAUUACCGCCUGCAGUGGAACAAGUCUGAGUUCGGGGACAUUGAGGUGCUUCGCCUGCCACCGGACAUGCUGUGGCUGCCUGAGAUAGUCCUGGAGAACAAGGCUCCCUCUAACUGCACCCUCAAAUUCAGCUCCCUGGCGUACAGUGCCCUGGAGAUCAGCAUGCACUUGAAGACGGAUACCGACCCGAAGACAGGCAAGGAUUACGCGGUGGAGUGGAUCAUCAUCGACCCUGAAGGCUUCACGGAGAAUGGGGAAUGGGAAAUCAUCCACCGUCCGGCCCGCAAGAACAUCCACCCUGACAACCCCCGUGAGAGCAGCGAGCACCAGGACAUCACCUUCUACCUCAUCAUCAAGCGCAAGCCGCUCUUCUAUGUCAUCAACAUUGUCACGCCCUGCAUCCUCAUUGCCUUCAUGGCCAUCCUCGUCUUCUACCUGCCUGCCGACAGUGGUGAGAAGAUGACGCUGGUGAUCUCGGUGCUUCUGGCCCAGUCUGUCUUCCUUCUGCUCAUCUCCCAGCGCCUGCCUGCCACCUCCCACGCCAUCCCCCUUAUUGGCAAGUACCUGCUUUUCAUCAUGCUGCUGGUGACGGCCGUGGUGAUGAUCUGCGUUGUGGUCCUCAACUUCCAUUUCCGCACGCCCAGCACCCACAUCAUGUCUGACUGGGUCAAAGAGGUGUUCCUGGAGACCCUGCCCCGUCUGCUGGGCAUGUCGCAACCAGCCCAGAGCCCGGUGGAUGCCCUGUGCAUCCGGCGCUGCAGCUCAGCCGGCUACAUCGGCGUGGUCCGGCCGACCCGCGUCCCCCCUGCCUGUUUGGCAGAGCCAGGCAUGGACAUGGGCGAGGAGCAGCUCUACGAGCACAUAAAACCCGUCGUUGAUGGCGCCAACUUCAUUGUCAAGCACAUACGGGAGAAAAACAGCUACAAUGAGGAGAAGGACAACUGGAACCUUGUGGCCCGGACCUUGGACCGCCUCUGUCUCUUCCUCAUCACCCCCACGCUGGUGGUGGGCACCCUCUGGAUCUUCCUCAUGGGCAUCUACAACCACCCACCACCGCUGCCCUUCGCUGGAGACCCCUAUGACUACCGGGAGGAGAACAUGCGCUUCAUCUAG